AUGACGCGACAAAAUAUUCCCCAGAGUGUACAACGAGAUUCUACUUCUCUCCAAAAUAUUCCUGAAAAUACAUUGAGAAGUGUCUCUCGGAUUACUAAUCAAAAUAAUACCCCUCCAGACAAGCUUCAAGAUAUUCAAAAAAAUAUCAACUGUCAAGAAAAUUAUCAGCAAAUAAUUGCAGGCGAUGAUACCGAUACAUUACAUGAAACAUUUAAAGAUGUUCAUACAAAAUUUAAUUCUCAUCCUUAUAUUACCCCGCCAGAUACUCCAAGUGAAGAUACGUCUCCGUACUAUAAGUCGGAAAUUCAGACGAUUCAUGAAGAUGAAGAUGAUAUUCCAUGUACCUUGCAAAAUUCUUUACAAAGAAUCGUUCUUGACGAUAUUGCCGAACAAGCUGAGCUAGAAGCUCAAUAUGAUUUGUCACGAUCUGAUACACCUCUAUUAAGAUCUCCUCCAUUUACUCGUAGGCUUAGUGAAUCUCGGGAAAUUUCACAUCUCAACUUCAAAAAUCUUUCUCAUGAUGUUAAAUCACGAAUUCCAUCUCAUUGUUUCAAAGCUAUCUUGGAAUUCCUAAAGGACGACAUAUCAACUCUUUAUACUUGUCUUUUUGUCAAUUUCUCUGUCUGUCAACUCGUUAUUCCUUUAUUAUGGCGUCGACCUUUUCAUCAUACCGUUUCAAAGUCUCGACUUGCCGGCGCAAGCCUAAUUCAAGUUUACUUAUCUUUUCUUUCUGAUAAUGAGAUUGGUCGAUUGAUCGAUUCCGGAAUUCAUCUACGUGCUAUUUAUAAGUCUUCGUUUAAUUAUGCAAAACAUAUUCAGGAAUUUGAUUCUUAUAUGGUUGAAAGAACCAUCAAAGAUUGGAUUUACGUAAUGAAUCCUCGUUAUUAUGAUUCUGUAAACAAAAUACAAAUUAUCAAUCAAGUUUUAAGUAACAUGCUUUUUCGUCACUCUGGGGGCCUAGAUAUUUUGUGCAUUAAUCCUGAUUAUGAAGAUGAAAAAAUCUUUUUCGACAUCUCCCAGUUUCCAGGCGCACGAGAUGCAUUAUCUAAAAUUAAAAUUUUCAUUUUGGAUUAUCAUGUGCGUUGUACUUCUUCUGAAACUGGUGUUUCAAAACUUGUCUCCAUGAUGUCUCAAUAUGCCCACAACCUACAACAUAUUACUAUUAAGAUUGGUUAUCUGGAUGAUCCUGUUCCUCCUAAUGUUUACCCGACUAUUGUCCAGUCAUUAUCAAAAUUAAUCAAAGCUCAAAAAACAUUAAAAUCUAUUGAAAUCGAAAAUAAUUGGGAUCCUUCAAAAUUGCUUCUGAUAUAUUCAUCAAUUCAUAGUCAAUCUCAGAAUUUAUCAAAAUUAUCUUAUACCGGAUUGCUAAUUCCAGAAGCAUUUAUGCAACUAUUGUCUGCUUGCACGAAAUUAGACACUUUGGAAUUUGAUGGAUUUUAUGAUUUAAAAAAGUAUUCUUUGGCUGAUUACGUCAUUCCUCCUAAUCCUGAUCUUUCAAGCAUUCAUCCAUUUAAUGCGACAAAAGCCGAUACUUUAGGAAUAAUUAUUCAGAUAGUUAACAAAAACUUACGAAAUUUAAUGUUAGGUGGUGUUACCACCGAUCUUUUGGAUAUAAUUAGUACUUAUUGCCCAAAUCUAACAAAGUUAUACAUUAAAGGGCCAGGCUCAAAAUUACAGUUAUUUAGAAAACUGUUAACUGGAUUAAAAAACCUUGUGGAGUUGGAUUUAGGCGAUAUUCACGACGACGCUACUUACGUAAAUCCGAUUGAUUUAACUACCAUAAAGACUAUAGCAGAAAGUAUACCUAGUUGUGUGCGAGUACUUGGUAUACAUUUCUCAAUGUCUUCUAAAGGAUUACGACUGUUUCUUGGAAAUUGUGAAGCAAAGCUUGAAACUAUUGGUUUAUUCAGAAACAGUAUGAUUAAUGACGAAAUUUUAGACGUUUUGGUCGAAUAUGCGAAAUCUAAGGGUACUCUUCGAAAGAUAAGCUACUUUCCUGAAGUUUGGAUUAGAUUUGGGCAAAAUCUUCAAGGUUUUUCUGAGGAAGCUUUGGAGAAGGCAUAUCGGUGGAUUCCUUCUAUCGGAAAGGAAACCAGAAACGAAAAGC